UGCUGCACUCAACAGUCUAAAGAAUCAAAAGGGUCCCUUGGAAAAUACCAGCACCCAAUUCCUAUGAUUUUAAACCAUCACAUGGAAGUUGAAGCAGUUCUGAGGUUGGCAACUGACAGCUAACACCAGUAAAUCCAUAAACUCACCAACUGUUGCACCACGGGAUCUCUGGCGAGGCUCUCUGCUCUGAGAAUCUGCAGGUCCCAGGAGAUCCCCAGCUGACAGGCAGAUGUGGCACAGCACAGCUCUGAUCACACACACACCUCCAGCUCCAGCUCACCUGGGGAGGAAGCCAGGAGAAAGCAAUCUUCUCCUGUUCAUUUUCAAUUUUUCCUGGAGUACUUUCUGCGUGUUCCUGGAGGAAGCAAGUUCUUCCCAGCAUCUCUUCUGAGAAUUACAUCACCUCCUGAAGGAAUUAAAAGCAUCUUUUCUCCAUGCAGCAUUAAUGCCUAGGUGGGUUUAAAAUCCUUUUAUUUUAACCCAAAUUUUCUUCUCCUCUGAGUGCAGAGGGGAGGCAGCAUAGAAGGCUGGGCUGGCCCUGCAGACCUGCCCAGAAAAGGGUAGAAACACCUCCAGCUGCACAGUGGGGCCAAGCACAGACAUACAACAUGAAACAAAAAUUAUAGCAGCUUCUGGCAAAGCUUCAAGCACAGGCUUUGGUGGGGAGACUCUGCCCCUUCCUCUAAUUUUGCGGUGCCAGCCACAGCCAGGUGAACACAGGAGAUGCUGUUUCUGGCACUUGAGGCUCCUGAUUUACAUGACCAUAAGGGGGAGACAUGAGAACACAUGGUAGGAACCAAACCAACCCAUUUAUAAGAUGCAGAAGACUUGAUCAGGUUCUCACUUCAAGUGGGACCAGACACCCCCAACCCCAGCACAUCACCUCUCUGCCUGCUCCUGGCAAGGGGCUCCCACAUUUUCCCUUCGCAGCAGAAACAAGGAAGUUGGUUUGACUUUCUAGACCUGAUGUUCUUUCUUUUCCUUCCUUGGGGGUAGCGGAAGCGGAAGGCUGAAGUGGGCUGCGUGCCUGGCAUCGACUGGAAACUGGAGAGUGGGGAAGCAACCAGUUUCUGUUGUGCACAGCAUUGCUCCCAAAGCACUUCCAGUUUGCAGGUGUCACCUGACUUUUGUUUUUUCCCCACUCCUUAGCCGAGUCCCAGUUCCUUUCCUGCACACACCCCCCCUCGCUUGCUCCUCCUGCACUCAGGAAGGUGGCGGUGGCUGUCGCUGUGUGUCCUGUGACAGCUCACACAGGAGCUAAGAACAUCCUGCAGCUCGGCUCAGGCUUCCUGCGCAGCCAAGAGCCUCUUCCCUUCUAUUCUCCCUCCCACACACCUGCGGGUUUUGUUCCUUAGGGUCUGAAAAUGCUUUUACAUCCAGCCUCAGAGAGAAGGAGAAAUGGUUCUUCCCUACCUGGCCAUUCCCUUCACGCUCACCAGGACACCUCUGCCAGCCCAAAAGCCCUUCCACGCACUGAGAUAUAGAAUCAUAGAAUUGUCUAGGUUGGAAGGGACCUUUCAGAUCAUCUAGUCCAACCAUCAACCAUAAGCUGACAAAAAUCAUUACUAAACCAGAUCGCUAAGCAAACAUGAUGCAGCUCCCCACCCUCAGAGGGGCAGCAGCCCACAGCAAGAAAAAUCAUUACUUACCCUCAUCAGGAUACCAGGACAAGGAUGAAGCUUCAGAGAAAGGGAAAACCUGUAGUAAAAACAAGUCUGAAGCGGGGCCGCUGAAGUUAAGUGUAACAGUUAUACAGCAGCUUACUCUCACGUGUAGGGCAUUGCUCCAGCAGCACUGUUGCACCUCUUGCCUUGGUUUUGGCCGUGGACAACUCCAAAGGCUCCAAAAGAGAAUAAAUAAACCCAAAUCGUAUCCCAGAGCCGGAGGUGGGAGCUGGUGACUGCAAACGGCCACGGCAGAGCUGCAUGGUGCAACAAGAAGCUGCUGCUGGGAAUGUCCCUGCUUCUUUCACAAUAAAACACAACGUAUUUGUCAAAAAUAAACGUGGUGUACGUGCAUGGCCAACUAUCUGUCUCAGAGCCACACUUAGAUGGGAAAACAUGUCACAGCCUGUUACCAGAUGCCACUGAAGGGGCACAGCCUGAGGAGCUGGGCAUCUGCUUUGGCUUCUCAGCACCUCCCUGAGCUUCUUCAGGCUUCAGCGCAGGGUAUGGACUCAAAGGAGGGAAGGAAUGGCAGGAGGGCUCGGGGCAGGGACAGCAUGGUGGCCCCAGCAGGUUGCUCUGCUUGCACUUGUCUGAGAUCAGGAACCGAGAGAGCCUAGAAACCGCUACAGAUCCUGGAAGGCUGUUUGCGUCCAGCCCACAUCAGCCUGACGCGCUGAAACACCAACCCCUGAGUCAGAUGGUUGGUGAAAGGUUUAUGUAACCUUAUCUCGGAUGUCCCUGCUGCCCCGGGGUUCCAGUCCAGGAUUCUUCGUACCGGCAAACGAGCUUCUGCAAACGAGGAAAACGCGAGGCGUUGGGAGCAGCCGGAGCCUCCCCGGCACCCAGGAGCCGACGGUGGGACACGGCACGCUGCACCAGCACGUUGUCCCUCUCGCCCUGAACCUGGGAGGUCCGGUGGUGCAUCGUGAGCUCCACCUGCUCUGACCUGCUGUGGGACACGUCCCCGCAGAGCCCCACCAUCCAGCCAUGCUGCGCUUCCUCUGGGACAGCAUCUCCUUCCAGAUGCUCCUCGUCUUCCUCGUCGUCUUCCUGCUUGUUGCCGACUACAUGAAGCACAGAAAGCCAAAGAACUUCCCUCCCAGCCCCUUCCGCAUCCCCUUCCUGGGGCACGUCUACAUGAUGAACUUCAGCAAUCCCCAAGGCAUGGUGGAUAAGCUUGCUGAAAAGUAUGGGGACGUCUUCAGUAUAGAUAUGGGCAGCACAGCCUUCGUGUGCCUAAACGGGAUGCGGCUCAUCAAGGAAGCUCUUGUAAACCAAGGGGAAAAUUUCAUUGAUCGCCCUGAAAUUCCUAUCGAUGCAGAGGUCUUCAGCAAGAUGGGACUUAUCUCCUCCAAUGGGCACUUGUGGAAGCAGCAGAGAAGGUUCACCUUGACCACCCUCCGCAAUUUCGGCUUGGGGAAGAGGAGCCUGGAGGAGCGCAUCCAGGAGGAGUGCCGAUUCCUUGUGGAUGCCUUUGGGGAAGAGCAGGGGAAUCCUUUUGACCCUCACUUCAAAGUCAAUAACGCCGUUUCAAACAUCAUCUGCUCUGUCACCUUUGGCAACCGGUUUGAAUACCACGAUCAGGACUUCCAAAAAUUGCUGCAGCUGAUGGAUGAGACAGUUACCCUCCACGGAUCCAUCGCGAGCCAGCUGUACAACUCUUUCCCCACCAUCAUGAAGUUCUUGCCUGGAUCCCACCAAACCAUUUUUAAAAACUGGAAGAAGUUGAAUACUUUUGUGAAAGAGAGGAUUGACAAACACAAGGAAGACUGGAACCCCUCCGAGAGCCGGGACUUCAUUGACAGCUACCUGCAGGAGAUUGCCAAGGCCAACGACGAUGGCAGCUUCCAGGAGGAAAAUCUCGUGGCGUGCGCUCUUGACCUGCUCUUUGCUGGGACCGAGACCACUUCCACAACCGUCCGCUGGGCUCUGCUGUACAUGGCCAUGUACCCGGAAAUUCAAGCCCGGGUACAAGCUGAGAUCGACGCGGUCAUCGGGCAGGCGCGGCAGCCAUCCCUGGAGGACAGGAAGAACCUGCCCUACACCAACGCCGUCAUCCACGAAGUGCAGAGGAAAAGCAACAUCAUCCCUUUCAACGUGCCACGACUGACGGUGAAGGACACAAUGGUGGACGGCUUCCUGAUACCAAAGGGCACUGUUUUGAUCACAAAUUUAGCCUCUGUGCUGUUUGACAAGAAUGAGUGGGAAGCCCCUAACACAUUCAACCCUGGGCAUUUCCUGAAGGAUGGCCAGUUCUGGAGAAGGGACUAUUUUAUACCAUUUUCUAUAGGGAAGCGCUCCUGCCUGGGGGAGCUGCUGGCCCGCUCCGAGCUCUUCCUCUACUUCACGUCUCUGCUCCAGAAGUUCACCUUCCGGCCACCCCCAAACACCACGCUCAGCCUCCAGUUCAAGCUGGGCAUCACGAUGGCCCCACAGCCCUACAAGAUCUGCGCCGUGCCCCGGUAGGGAAGCCUUGGCCACCAUCCUUGCAGAGAAAGAACAUCCUUCAGCAAGGAUGCUGAACGCCAGCUGUUGGAGGCUCCAAAGGAAAACCACCACUCGGCUCCAGGGAGGGCUGGGCAGUUUGGUUGUUCUUUUGUUUGUUUCUUUUAAAGCCAUUGCACAAUCACUUCUUUUACAAGCGGACCUUGCACCCAGUGUCACGUGAGACAAGUGAUCAGCCUGGGAUCUGUCCUAGGAGGGCACUUCCAGCCUUGCCAUGCAGCACCAGAAAUGGACGAGGGGCCUGGGGCUUUCCUGGUUUAAUGAGGGAUGGGCCACGCUCCACCGUGGCAGGAGAAUGAGCAACACUUUAGGAACUGCAGAGUUCAGGCUGUGGCUGGGUACUGUGGAAGAACAGUACCAGCCCUGGGUUUUUAACAGGAAUGCAGGUAUUCAUUGCCAAUGUUUUCUGAUUUUGUUAUCCUUGACUUGUAAUCCAUUUUAAAAAAUGUCACUCUAUAACAUCUCUUUCUCCUGCAUCAAUAAAGCCUUACUGAAAUAUUUGUGUCCAGAAGCAUUCUGCAAUGUGAAAACCAACACAGGCCACUUCCAGCACUGGCUGUAGCCUUCAGCCGUGCCCCACAUUUUGGGAUGAGGAGGUGGCAGGGGGCAGGGAGCCCACCUGGGCAGAGGCAGCCGACCUGUGUCGCUGUGGCAUUGCUCUCUCUUAGCAGAGAGGUCAGCAGAGUAACAGCACAGGUAAUUCUUACAGAACUGAUGAAAACAAAUUACCCUGACAGCA